UGUUUUAAUCUUAAAAGCCGGGAACCUCCCAGUUAUAAAAAGGGCAUGAAACCUUGCGGACGUUUAGGAAAACUUGCCAAAUAUUUAAUUCAUCCUCAGUACCAGGGUCACAAGUAUUUGUCAACAAGUGCAGUUAAGUUUAGUAAAAUGGCUGGAAUCGAAGCGGGGAAGAAAGCAGCCGCCAUUGCGGCUGUCAACAACCAUAUUAAGGAUGGUCAGGUGGUUGGGAUUGGAAGUGGCACAACUGUCGUCAGUGCUGUGCAGAGAAUUGCUGAGCGUGUCAAACAGGAAAACCUCAAGCUUGUUUGCAUCCCAACAUCAUUCCAGGCUAAGCAGUUAAUACUUGAAAAUAACCUCGUACUAGGGACGCUGGAGCAGUAUCCGGAGUUGGAUGUGGCCAUAGAUGGUGCUGACGAGGUGGACGCAGCCCUGACCUGUAUCAAAGGCGGUGGUGGAUGCCUCACGCAGGAGAAGAUUGUGGCAAACUGUGCGAAGGAGUUCAUUGUGAUAGCUGAUGAAAGGAAGGAUGUCUCCGUGUUGGGUACCAACUGGAAGGGCGGGGUACCGAUAGAGGUGGUUGACCUAGCGUACAGGCCCGUCAUGUUGCAGCUAGAAAGGCUCCUAAGGGGGCAGGCAACGCUCCGAAUGGCAGUCAAGAAAAUGGGACCCGUUGUUACAGACAAUGGCAACUUCCUCAUUGACUGGGUGUUCGAUAAACCAGGCGACUGGGCACAUAUCAACACCACCCUGAAAAUGAUACCUGGAGUGGUAGAGACUGGCUUGUUUGUCAAUAUGGCCAAGAAGGCUUAUUUUGGCAGAUCUUCCGGUGAAGUGCACACUAGAGAACCAACACACACCUGAGGAAUCCAGACUUGAUUAUGUGACCAUUAUCCUAAUCAUGUUUGUAUUCUUAUGAAAACAACGUCGCGUUAAGGUGGUCAUAAGUCUCAUAAACGUAUAGCAAAGGUUAUACUACAUCACAUAAAAAUGGUUGUACUUUGGAUUUGGAGCUUAAAUUCUCAUCUAUGAUAAUUUGUUUUCAUAUCAUAGGGCUUAACCAUUAUAAAUUGACUGAAAUAUGGGUAGAGGGGAUAAUUAUCCUAUGUUUGAGAACCUAUUUGUCCGGGUUUACUAAUUUUACUGAUUUUAAAAGCAUGUGUGUGUGAAAAAACACAGUUAUAUGAAAUAAUGUAAUGUUUAACAUGGUUUUGCUGAAAUAUGCAUUUGCCGUUAUUAAUAGAAGUGCAGCAUUUAAAACAAAUUUGGAUCUGUCACAAAUGUUUGUCACGGUUUUAAAGUGAAAUAUUGUUUUGUAAAUUGUGUACUUAAUAUUUUUCAACAAUCAAGUGAACUACUUUUGAUGAGGUAAUGCGGUUUAGAUAUGGUCAAUUGUGCGGCGCAUUUAGUAGAUGUGCCAAUGAAUAUAAACACAUACAAAUUAAUAAAUUAUUAAUUGUACAAUAAUCAACAAUUGUUACCGUCACGGUAAGUUUCAAUACAUUCCAUUAAUUAUAGAUAUUUAUGAAGAUGAAAAUUGUAAUGCAAAAUUAUAACGUAACUCAAAGCUCGCAUGUUCAAAUAAAAUCUUUUGUUUACACAGACUCAAGAUGGUCUUGCAACUGAGUGUUUGUGUCGUAUAUUAUAUAAAGGAAUACAAAUCUUAGACCGGUAUUCAAAAAUGUCGUAAGAAAAACAAAUCCUUAGAUGUUAUCACAUUCCCUGAGCUGUUCGUGGUUUUUCGACAAUCGACGUUGACAUUAUUGUUAUACCAAGAUUUUAAUAUGCCUCCGAAUGAGGGCAUAUAGUGAUCGGACCGUCCGUCCGUCUGUCCGUCCUUCCGUCACACUUUGCGUUUUGGUUUCGCAUUUAGGUUUCGAAAAAUGCUCAUAACUUCUAUGUCCCUUCACAUAGCAACUUGAUAUUUGGCAUGCAUGUGUAUCUCAUGGAGCUGCACAUUUUGAGUCGUGAAAGGUCAAGUUCAUCCUUCAAGGUCAAAGGUAAAAAACAUCUUUUAAAGCGGCGCAGUAGGGGGCAUUGUAUUCUGACAAACACAUCUCUUGUUUUUCAUGUAAUUAAAGAAAACAACACUAGUCGGUUUUGUUACUUUUUCGAUGUAUUCUGAACAAAAUUCUUGCACACUUUACUAAUACUCCUUUUUUCGGGCUCCAAUCGACAAUUAAUCGGAUUCAAAAUUAUUUUGAGAUAAAUUCAAUUCCUUUAAUUUUAUUAUCACAAUAACAACCCAUAAUGUAUAUCGCUCCAUUUUUACCAACGAUACACUUGUAGUAAGUAAACAUAAAUAAUUCGAGUAAACAUGUUUAAAAACGUAUUGUUUCGAGAAUUUUAAACAAACGACAUUAUAAGAAAAAAGCUGAAAUUAGCAGCAGUUAUGAUAUUAUAUUAAAUGUUCAAAUGUUUGAAUCAAACAAGAUACGAUUUUGAAUAAUUGUGAGAUGAAUAUUCGGAUGCUUCACGGGCCGCUUUAUGCUAUAUUUUUACUUGCAAACAAGUUUUUAUAAAAUUAUCAAAUUCACUACCAUCUGCUCGGGAUAUGGUAAUUAAACGUUGUUAGUAAUAAUUAUUAUUGAUAAAAAACGACCACGGUUUAGAAUGAAAACAAAAAUGCACGGCCAUCGUGGGUAUUUCGAUUUUCGAAUUAUAUUUGCAAUUUUACUGCAUGCAAAUCUUUAUGAUAUCUUGCGAUAUACUCGGGAACGUUUCUUUUUCACAAAAUGUUGAUUUUCUUUUAUACUCUAAGGCUUACAGACUGUAAAUGUUAUGACUUCAAAACUAAGGAUGAAGAAAACAGCAAUCACAGUAUGUUCAGAUGCUAUGCAAUGUUUGUGGUAAAAGAAAUGUAUUUUAUGGGGUUUAUGAAACAAAAUGAAAAGAUCAA